AAUAAAAUUUGUAAUGGCGGCGAUGGUUCGACGAAAACGGUCGUUUGUCGUCCAAUGCAUCAAUUUCUACCCGUGAAAGUUGGAAAGUUGGCGUUUAAAAUCGCCCAGAAAUAACUUCAAUUACUACUCCAAAAUGAGGUCUUGAUAAUCUCUCCUUAGCCGCGUGUAAAUUGUUCGAUUUCAUUCCAAUUUAGUCGCUAUUAUUUGCCACAGGUAUUUAGAAGAGAUUUCACGAUGUCGAAACGUUCAGCAGAUCCGGGAGACAGCAGUUCCCAACCUCCAAUAAAAAAAGUGCAGUUUGAACCAAUUUUAAUUGGUCCCAUAUCAACAUUGGAGGAAAUGGAUAUGAAAGUUCUGCAAUUCCAGAAUAAAAAACUUGCUCAGAGGCUAGAGCAGAGGCACAGGAUGGAGGCUGAGCUCAGGCAGAGAAUAGAGCAGCUAGAGAAAAGACAAACACAGGAUGAUGCUGUUCUAAAUGUAGUCAAUCGAUAUUGGAAUCAGUUGAAUGAAGAUAUUCGAGUGCUGCUACAGAGGUUUGAUGCCGAAACUGCUGACGAGUCCGAAAAUAAAAACGAGUCUGAAGCCACUACUUCCUUUCUAAUGCAGCUUUCCACCUGGGAUAAAGAGGAACUUGAUGACAAACUUGCCCAUCGAGUUCAAGUGUCGAAACGAGCGGUUUCGAAGGUCGUCCAAGCCUUCGAUCGUCUCUCUCAACGUAACGAGAAGAUUACCCUUGCUUUGAAAGGAGAGUAUGAAGGCGAAGAAGCUCCAAACAUCGAUGAAGUUGUUCGCAAGGCCAACAAUGAAAUUCAAACUGAAAAUAGAAAUCUACAGGCCAUCAAUAUCCAGCUUCAUGAAAAGUACCACACGAUGUCCCUGAAGAUGUCCGAACUCCAAGACACCAUAACUGGCAAAGACACUUUAUCAGCAGAGCUUCGUAACCAAGUAGACGAUCUCCAAUACGAACUGAACAAAGUUCGAGCAAGAAACGACAAGCUGGAGCAUCACUUGGGAGAGGCAAUAGAAAAGCUGAAAGCAUUCCAACAGAUCCACGGUACUGACGACAAAGGAAGCAACAAACCUAGCACGUUGGUUGCCUCAAGUGUCUCCCAGACAAAAUUAGAGGAUCUUCAACGAGAGCUGGAAGAGACGAGAGAACUAGCCAAUAAUAGACUUCAGGAAUUAGACAAAUUGCAUCAACAGCAUCGAGAUGCAUUGAAAGAGGUUGAAAGAUUGAAGAUGGAUAUUAGACAACUUCCAGAGUCUGUGAUAGUAGAGACAACUGAGUACAAAUGCCUGCAGUCCCAGUUUUCAGUUCUUUACAAUGAGUCGAUGCAGCUGAAGACUCAAUUGGAUGAUGCAAGAGCGCAAUUACAAACUAGCAAGAAUUCUCAUUUGAGGCAUAUUGAGAUGAUGGAGAGUGAGGAGUUGAUGGCACAGAAGAAGCUCAGGGGCGAGUGCAUUCAGCUCGAGGAUGUCCUCGCUCAGUUGAGAAAGGAAUACGAAAUGCUGAGAAUCGAGUUUGAGCAGAAUCUAGCUGCUAAUGAACAGACUGGACCCAUCAACAGGGAAAUGAGACAUCUCAUCACUUCUCUCCAGAAUCAUAAUCAACAAUUGAAGGGGGAGGUGCACAGAUAUAAGAGAAAGUACAAGGAAGCUUCUGCAGAGAUUCCUAAGUUAAAAAAGGAGAUAGAAGAGCUGACAGCAAAACUCGGUCAGCAAUCAUCUCAAGAAAACAAAGAGGGUAACAAUUCGGAUGGGAGUUGUAAAGAGGAAGAGACGAUGAACUCGUUACCAGGUUCGAUGCAGAUUAAAGAAGAAGGUGCUUCCAUAAAACGUGAAUUAGGAACUGACGAAGAAGUCGAGGCCAUUGAGAUUGGUGAAGGUGAAGGAAGCAAAGGAAAUAGUGACUCUCAUGCAUUGACAUCGCCAACUCUCAAGAAAGAAAAGGAUAUAAAAAGGGAGAAGGAUGUUAAGAAAGAGAAUAUUGUUAAAACUGAGCACAGGGAUCCAGCGCACAGGAUCAAGGACGCUAAAGUUGCUGAAUCUGAAAUUGUCAGAGAUCUCAAGGCACAACUCAAAAAAACCGUCAACGAAAUGAAGGAAAUGAAGCUUCUUCUGGACAUGUACAAAGGUGUGGGCAAGGAACAGCGUGACAAAGUUCAAUUAAUGGCAGCUGAGCGAAAAACUCGAGCAGAACUUGAAGAUCUCCGCCAGCAAUUGAAAAAAAUCCAGACGUUCGAAUUUCAGGAGAACAAGAGAGAGGAGAGGAAGAAACUUGCUGAUGAGGAUGCACAGAUCAAAAUCAAGAAGCUAGAAGAGCAGACUUAUACACUGCAGCGACAGGUUGCCUCACAAAAACAGAAUUGCGUUUGGAUGCAGGAAGAGGAAGCGUUACUAAACGAAAUGGAGGUAACUGGUCAAGCAUUUGAAGAUAUGCAGGAGCAAAACUCCCGUUUGAUACAGCAAUUGCGUGAAAAGGAUGAUGCCAACUUCAAAUUAAUGACUGAGAGAAUAAAAAGUAAUCAAUUGCAUAAGCUGGCCAGAGAAGAGAAAGAUGUUCUGAAGGAACAAGUUACGACGUUAACGACACAGGUCGAGGCAGCCAAUGUUGUUGUUAGAAAACUUGAAGAGAAGGAAAGGCUCUUGCAGAAUUCCCUAGCUACUGUAGAGAAAGAAUUGGCCCUUAGACAACAGGCUAUGGAGAUGCAUAAGCGGAAAGCUAUUGAGAGUGCACAGAGUGCUGCUGACUUAAAACUUCAUCUUGAAAAAUAUCACUCACAAAUGAAAGAAGCGCAGCAAGUAGUCGCGGAAAAAACAAGUUCUCUGGAGGCAGAGGCCUAUAAAACAAAGAGACUCCAGGAGGAAAUCGCUCAACUCCGAAGAAAAGUAGAGAGGAUGAAGAAGAUCGAAUUGGCAGAGACUCUAGAUGAAGUUAUGGCUGAAGAACUCAGAGAGUACAAAGAAACCCUCACCUGUCCCUCUUGCAAAGUUAAACGUAAAGACGCUGUACUUACGAAAUGCUUCCACGUCUUCUGCUGGGAUUGUCUUCGUACGAGAUAUGAAACUCGUCAAAGGAAAUGUCCAAAGUGCAACUGUGCAUUUGGUGCCAAUGACUAUCAUCGUCUGUACCUUUCAACGUGAAGAAAAUACUCUAGAUUAACUAUGAAAUAAUUUUAUCUUCCUAGAAAUAUUUUCCUCAACCGCAAAAACUUUUGUACAAAUACACUUUCUCUUUCUCAGUUCAAUGAGAAUUUCACUGUAAAGUCAUUUUUUUUGUACGAAAUUAAUGUUUUUUGCGUUUUUUUUUACAGUAAGUUUUGUUCCUUGUGAAAACUCAGUUUUUUUAUCAUGAGCAAAAUGAUUUUUUACUUUUUUUUUUCGCUGCAAGAGAGGAAAUAUUUCAUUUAAAAAUAAAUUGACUGUGUGAGUGCAUGUAUAGGUUUUCAAUGAAUAUAACUGCGGUAAAGCAAAUCGUGAACUUGCGUAUUUAAAAGUCUUAUGGAAUCGAACUUUUUUAUAUUUAUUCAGUAAAUGUUGUACGAAUGCUGGAUUUAUCAUUUUUUAAGAAUCAAUUCAAUGGUAGACAGACAAAUAUUAAAUGGAAAUUAAUAAAAUCAA